UUACAUAACUGUAUAUUACACGGUCUCUUCUAAUUUAAUCAACAAACCGCCUUCUUAAAAAGAAGACACGUGACCGCUUUGUUUACGUGGUGACGUGUAACGGAAGGACAUACUUACAUGACAGCACUGGCGAUGAGAGACAGAAACGAGAGCACGAGCGCGCCUUUAGUCUAGCUCGUGUCACGCCGUCAUCAUCAUCAGGACGUCCUGCUCGUGCUGCUGUGACACUGAGAGGAUCCUUACCUGUUCAUCUUCACCUAGGCAUUGAGUGAGGCUGCUGUUCGUUCACUGAAGCCAUGGCCAGUCCAAAUGACCUACAGUUUCAAGAGUUUGAGGAAGCAGCAGAGCUGCUGUCUGCAGACCCGGGAGCCUCCACACUCAGUAUGUCUUCCUCAAAAAACACCACCACCACUGCUGCAGCAACAGCAGGAGGAGGAGAGGAUGUGAAACUGGACCUUUCAGAUGACGAAGAGGGUCAGGAGGAGAGCUCGGAGCUGUUAGGAGGACAGAAAGCAACUGGUGGCUUCUGGACCUUUGAGUACUAUCAGUCGUUCUUCAAUGUGGACACAAUGCAGGUACUGGACAGAGUCAAGGGGUCAAUGAUGCCAUUACCUGGAAGAAACUUCAUCAAACACCACCUUAGGAGUAACCCAGAUCUAUAUGGUCCCUUCUGGAUCUGUGUGACACUAGUGUUCUCAGUAGCAAUCAGUGGGAACUUGUCCACCUUCCUCACUAAGAUGGGAACAUCUACGUACCACUACAGACCACAGUUCCACAGAGUGACGAUAGCUGCAGUAGUGAUCUUCAUGUAUGCCUGGCUCGUGCCAAUUGGUUUAUGGGGUUUCCUGACCUGGCGGCAAGGGACUGAGAGGCAGAUCGGAGGCUAUUCCUUCCUGGAGACUGUGUGUGUCUAUGGUUACUCCCUCUUCAUCUAUAUCCCGACAUCGGUUUUGUGGAUCAUUCCAUAUGAGUGGGUGCGCUGGACACUCAUCGUGGUUGCCAUGGUGAUCUCUGGCUCAGUUCUUGUACUCACUUUCUGGCCCGUUGUCCGUGACGACACCAAGGUGAUGGCCGUGGCUACGGUUGCGACCAUAGUGGUUUUGCACACACUGCUGGCUAUCGGCUGUAAGAUGUACUUCUUCCAGACAGCAGUCCAUGUACCAGCAUCAGACCCUACAGCCCAGCCGAUUCAAUUAACACAGCCCACUGAACAUCACUGACCAAAGGACAUGAAGGAUAAAGUGUCUGUUGUGUUUGGAAACACAUGCAGACAUAAAACUGUAUAGACCGGCUGGAUGAGGCAAUUGAUUAUUGCCAUUGUGUGAUUUGUUCAAUACGGGGAUGGGUGUGAAUGGUUGUCUUAUUUAUCCUGAGGUGGUUCUACUGUGAGCACUUUUUUCUCUGCAAUAACUGUACAUUUCUACUGUGAUGUUUCAGGAUGUGGUGCAUUGAACUACUCUAGCAUGGCUUCCUUAACACUGUGAUUGC